ACUAUUAAAAAUGAAAGUGGAAUUUUUCUCAUUAAGAGUUGACUCUUCACAUGGCGAGUCAACUCAACUAUAUAUAUAAUGCUGCGUGUUUCUGCUCUUCUUCUCCCCUGAGAAACGGUAAAAGCCGAACAAGAAGCCAAGCCACCGACACACCCACCCUCUUGAGAAACGAAAAUUUCAGAUUUGCUCUGUUCCUUCCCCUCUGUCCGCUACUCUUGGUUUGUGGGUGUGAAUUCUUCAAGUUUCUGAUCCCCCUAAGUUCUCCUUCACUUCCCGCUGGUUUCCCCAACCCGCCAGCUUCGAUUCUGCUUGCUGAAUUUCUGGUUAUUGAUUAUUCUGUCACCCUAGCAUUUGGAGUGAAUUUUUGUGUUAUGCAACUGAGCAUGCCCACAUGGAAUUUUUCAGGUUUAUUCUUGAAAUUUGAGAUUGAUUGUGAGUUACGGAUUUUUCCUAUAAAUCUUGUGCCACGCCCCAAAACCCGAAUCCGUGGACGUGGCAGACGCCGUGCACUCGUGAGAGGGUCCCACAAAUGCACAAGGCUCGGAACUUUAUCAUACCACAAUCUAAUACCAUAAAAUCUGAAGAUAAAAAUCUUAAAAUUUGCUCUGAUAUCAUAAAAUCUCCAAAUAAAGUCUAGCUUACAAUAUCAUGAUUUAUAUCUAAAAUCUAUGUCAAAUUUACAAUAUGGCUAACCUUCUAACCCGUCACUCCCCUUGUUUUUCCCCGUCCUUGACUUUGCUUCCUGAAAUGGUGGACAUGAAAAAACUAUGAGAUAACUCAGUAAGUAAAUCUGGAGUGCCUCUUGUUAAACUUAUAGCAUGCCAACAAAUGUAAUCACGAAAAACGGAUACAAUACGGGAACGAAAUAGACGUCUCCUCUAUAGGUCAUGGCUAGUGUUAUAAAUCUCCCACUAGCAGGCUACACUAUUUGCUGGUAUAUAACCCCCACUAGCAGGGUCACUCGAACGAACCAGUUCUAUCAAUAACAUGUCAACAUGUGCUAGCGUUUAUAAACCUCCCACUAGCGGGCACACUAAUAACAUGACCACAUCGGAGACAAAACAGACAGAAGUUAACAGAAAAACCAUAAUUCACCAAUCACUUUCAGAUCAUCAAGAUAAUCAAUUAAAUUUCAAGUAGGCAUGCUCAAUUUAAUGAAAAGAAUAAAAAUUUUACUUCAAAUCAGCCAUACUUACUUUUGUAUAAAACGGGUUUAGUCCCACCACCAUUUCAAAAACAAGUCAAAAUAUGCUUUUAAAAACUGUACGGGCAUUACCAUAAGUUUACUUACCUCAAAUCACACAAAACCGAGGAUUCAAUCCAAGUGCUCGUGUGACAGAACAAUCACGAACCUAAUCAAAUAUUCAAAAAUUA